UAAAGUUUCAUCAAAAUCCGUCCAUCCAAAAACUUUCGCAUUAAAUUUUAUUUUAAUUCCAGGAAAGAUGUCCAUGAAGCAAUAGAGUCCUACCUUUGUCACAUCUGUUCCAAACGUUUUGUGAGAAAAAAAAGCCUUGUAAUGCAUUUGCAAAUCCACUCAAAUAAAAAGCCAUACAAGUGUGAACAGUGUGCUAAGGCGUUUACUCUCCAAAGAAAUCUAAAGGAACACAUGACUACACACGUAGAACUGGAAGAAUUUCACUGCACAGUCUGCAAAAGGGGUUUUAAGAGCCCAAGAUACCUCUCGAGGCACAUGGAAACUCAUUUUGGCGAGAAGAAAUACGCGUGCGGAUUCUGUGGUCGCAAGUUUCUGCGCUCUGACGCUAGGAAAGCGCACGAGCGUACGAAGCAUUUACGGUUUAGCAUAUUAUCCAAGGACCAGAAAGAAGGAAAAGAAUAAAUGCCAUGCCAUAA